AUGAUCAUCACUACAAUUUGUGGAAAUGGUAUUGCUAAGUAUUCAGGUGAUGAUGGACCAGCAAAUUUGGCUACCUUAAAUAGCCCAAGCUCAAUUGCCUUUUCAAGUAAUAACGAAUUAUUGAUUGCAGACACUUUGAAUAUGAGAAUUAGAAAAAUUGCACAAAAUGGUAUGAUUUACACAAUUGCUGGAAAUGGAACCCAAGGAUACGAUGGCGAUGGAAAUUUAGCAAUUGCAUGUACUUUAAACAAACCCAUGGGUUUGACUCUCACUGCACAAGAUGACAUUUUGAUUGCUGACACUAACAACCAUGUCAUUCGAAAGGUAACCAUUGCUACAGGCUUAAUUGACACCAUUGUAGGCAGUGGUGUGUCAGGUUUUUCAGGAGAUGGUUCACUUGCGAUAAACGCCCAAUUAAAUUCUCCAAUAGGACUUGCAAUAACUGUCUCUGAGUUAUAUAUUGCAGACAAUGGUAAUCGAAGAGUAAGAAAAGUGACCUUUGCGAACAAUGUCAUUUCAACAAUAGCUGGAAGAGGUCAAGAAGCGUUAUUUGAUGGAGAUUUGGUACCUGCAGAUAUGACAAAUUUGGCAAGUCCUUUAGGUGUCAGCUUGUCAUUGGAUGGUCAAAGUGUCCUUGUCAGUGACUUUGGACAUCAACGAAUUCGAAGCGUGAAUUUGAAAAAUGGAAGAAUAAUUGACACCAUUGCAGGAAAUGGAAAGGCCAAUUUCAGUGGAGAUGGAGGACCUGCAAAAAGUGCUUCCAUAAAUUACCCUUCUGGAAUUUUCAUUCAAUCGAAUGGAGAUCUUUUGAUUGCUGACACUUUCAAUCACAGAAUUCGACAAGUGAGUGCUGGCAAUCAAAUGAUUACAACCAUUGCUGGAACUGAUUCAACCUUUGGAGAAGGAAAUACAAAUUCUCAGAAUUCCAUGUUGAAUUAUCCAAAUGGGAUUGCCGUUUCGUCCACGACUAAGGAAAUUUAUAUUUGUGACACACGUCAUCAUCGAAUUCGUAAAAUUGACUCAAGUGGCAAAAUUUCGACAGUGGUUGGAACUGGUGUGGUAGGUGACAGCGGUGCCGAUGGAGUCACUCCUGGAACCUUGGCUCAAAUCAACACUCCAAGAGGAAUGACCAUUUCAGAAGCCACUAAUGAAAUCUACUUUGCAGAUUCUCUCAAUCACAAAAUUAAGAAAAUUAAUGGAAAUACUGGAACUGUGAUCACUGUGGCUGGCAAUGGACAAUUUAAUUUCUCAGGAGAUGGCGGCUUGGUUGUCGAUGCAUCUUUGGGAGCUCCUACCGAUGUGGAGAUGAGUGUGGCCACGAAUGAACUGUACAUUGCAGAUUCCAAAAACAUUCGAAUUCGAAAAGUGAAUUUAACCUCGGGCAUGAUCACAACCAUUUCUGGAAAUGGAACAUUUGCAAACGAUCCAGCGAGUGGUGACAUGGGAAAUGCACAAAAUGCGCUCUUCAGAGAACCUAAUAGCAUCUCUGUUUCUUCCUCUGGCAAUGAACUUUACAUUGCAGAUCCUUACAGUAACAGAAUUAGAAAAAUUGAUUUCAUCACUUGA